AAGAUGGUAACGACGACAAGAGGAAGAGCAGCUGACCAAAGGGCUGAUUUUGUGUUGGCUGUAGAAGAAGUGCGAGCAGACUCCACUUACUCGGGCCAAAGGAAGUAAGGAGUUAGGAAACAGGAAACAAUUCCUCACUCUUUUGGCAACUGGAUGGGAAGAAGAAUCUUUGACCUUGGAAAAUGAAGAUGAUGUUGCCAUGGGAACUGUUAAUCCUUCUGUCACUCAAACAGUGCCUUGCUGAGAAUAUGCGCCACGGUCCUGUCUUUUCUCAGGAGCCCAGUGACAGUGUUUUCCCUCUGAGCACUGAUGAUAAGCAGGUCUUUAUUAACUGCAAGGCAAAGGGGAACCCGCUUCCACAUUACAGGUGGAAGGUGGAUGGCAGAGACAUAAACACAGACUCGGAUCCAAACUUCAGCCUCAUCGAGGGGAACCUGUUGAUCAACAACCCUCAUGUCAUCAAUCAUGGAGGCGUUUAUCAGUGCAUCGCCACCAACACCUUUGGGACCGUUGUCAGCAGGGAGGCAAAAAUCCAGUUUGCAUUUCUGCAGAACUUCAGCAAGAAGUCGAGGAACAUGGUGUCCGUGAGAGAGGGUCAAGCUGUGGUUCUGCUCUGUGGCCCUCCACCCCAUUACGGAGAGAUCAAAUAUUCGUGGGUUUUCAAUGGACAGCGCAACUUUCUGCAACAGGAUGCUCGCCGCUUUGUCUCCCAGAGGACGGGCAACCUGUACAUCGCCAAAGUUGAGGCCCUGGAUGUGGGGAACUACACUUGUGCUGUGAGGAACAUGAUGACCAACGCGACAGUGUUCAGCUCCCCAACCCCUGUGGUGGUGCGGAGGGAUGUAGUGAUGGGCGAAUACGAGCCAAAGAUAGAGGUUCAGUUCCCUGACACCCUACGUGUCUCCAAAGGAUCAUCUGUGAAGCUCGAGUGCUUUGCCUUAGGAAACCCUGUGCCUUCCAUCUCCUGGAGAAGAGCGGAUGGAAGUCCACUUCCUGGAAAGAUUAAAAUCAAUCAUGCCAGCGGGGUUCUGGAAAUUCCAUAUUUUCGCCCAGAGGAUGCCGGUGUGUAUGAGUGCAUAGCCGAAAACAGCAGAGGACGAAAUGUUGCCAGAGGGCAACUUAUAUUCCACAAUGUCGAACAUCUGCACUGGAUGCAGACACUGAAAGAUGCUCAUAUGGCGAUAGAUGCUAAUCUGCAGUGGGAGUGCAAGGCCAUCGGUAAGCCGAGGCCAACAUACAGAUGGUUGAAGAAUGGUCAGUCGCUAGCGGCGGAGGGGAGGAUUCAAGUCGAAGCUGGAAAACUGACCAUAUCCAGGAUCAGCCUUUCAGACUCUGGGAUGUACCAGUGUGUGUCAGAGAAUGAACAUGGAGCUGUAUAUGCCAGUGCUGAGCUUAAGGUUGUAGCCUCUCCACCUGACUUCACCCGCCGCUCAGUGAAGAAAUCCACAGUGAUCCAGAAGGGGGGUGAGGUCAUGUUAGAGUGUCGCCCCCACGCAUCCCCACGGGCCACAAUCUCCUGGUGGAGAGGAGGCGAACUGCUGAAGGACGGCAAGAGGCAGACUAUCAUGGAGGACGGGACUCUCCGAAUGACCAACAUCUCCAAGUCAGAUGCAGGCAGGUACACGUGUGUGGCCAGAAACCAUUUUGGAACAUCCAGCAGCACAGGAACCCUGCUGGUGAAAGAACCCACCAAGAUCGUAGUUCCACCAUUGAGUCUGGACGCCACCGCGGGACAGAGCCUCGUGUUGCCAUGUGAGGUGUCCAGCGAUUCGACCCUGACCCCCAUCUACAAGUGGUUUUUCAACGGCAAAGCCAUUGAUUUCAGCAGACAGGAGCACUUUGAAAUGAUCGGAGGGGGAUUUGUAGGUGACCUGAUGGUGAGGAACAUUCAGUUGAAGCAUUCUGGGAAGUAUGUGUGUAUGGUGCAAACGGAGGUCGACACAGUCUCAGCAGCGGCAGACCUAAUUGUCAGAGGACCACCUGGUGCCCCCGAGGGCCUGCAGGUGACUGACAUCACUGACACCACUGUGCAACUGUCCUGGGGCCCUGGGUCUGACAACCACAGUCCUGUUACCAUGUACAUGGUGCAGGCAAGGACCCCCUUCUCCAUAGGCUGGCAGACUGUGACAACAGUUCCUGAUUCUGUGCCUGGACAGAUGAUGCAUGCGACAGUGAAAGAUUUGAACCCCUGGGUGGAUUACGAAUUCAGGGUGGUGGCAAUCAACGGUGUUGGUGUGGGAGAACCCAGCACGCCAUCAAAACAGAUUCGAACCAAAGCAGCAGUUCCCAAGGUUGCACCAGUUAAUGUGAGUGGUGGCGGAGGAGCUCAAGGAGAACUUGUCAUCAUUUGGGAGCCAGUACCAGAGGAGCAUCAGAGUGGAGAGGAGUUUGGCUAUAUCGUGGCUUUCCGCCUGCCUGGCAGCAGCACCUGGAUCCAGACGGUGCUGGUAUCACCUGAUAUGUCCAGAUACAUUUACAGAAAUGACAGCAUCACAGCCCUGUCCCUGUUUGAAGUGAGAGUGGGAGUGUACAACAGCCUGGGAGAGGGGCCGUUCAGCCCUGUGGUGAAAGUGUUAUCUGCAGAGGAAGAGCCCUCUAAGGCACCAUCAAGAGUCGCGGGACGCACUUUGUCAGCCUCUGAAAUUGAAGUGCACUGGGAACCGGUUCCCUGGAGGGCCAGAACUGGGAAGAUCAUUGCAUAUGAGGUUCUGUUUUGGGAGGAAGGAUCUCAGCAGAGUGAGGCAGAAAGAGUGAAGGUUAUCAACACCUCAGCUCUGCUGUCUGGCUUAAAGGGCAGUACAGUCUAUCUGAUCUCAGUCAGAGCCCAGAACAGUGCUGGACAUGGACCCUGCAGCCCUGCAAUAAACAUCACCACCAAGAAACCACCUCCGAGUCAGCCACCGGGGAAUAUUGAAUGGAACCUGACGAACUCUAAGAUCUUUCUAAACUGGGAACACGUCAAGGCGAUGGAAAAUGAGUCGGAGGUGACGGGAUACAAGGUUGUAUAUCGUCAGACCUGGCGAGACAGGACUACUGUAGUGGAAACCAAUAAGACCAGCGUGGAGCUGCAGAUCCCUUCUGGGGACGACUACCUCAUUGAGAUCAAAGCUCUGACCAAAGGGGGCGAAGGUGCCAGCAGUGGUCCCAUCCGCAUACCAAAGAUGUCCAGUAAGUUUCCAACACUCAGCAGCAUAAUUGAGCAGUGGGACUGGGUGCACUGUGUGUAACUAAUCCCCAGUGUGACUCUUACUCUCCAUAUCACCAUUGCUCUGGCUUGAACAAGGCUUUCAUAACACACAUAUACAUUCUAAUAAGACUGCAAUGUAUGCGGGGAGGAGAAGAAGUCAUCUGUUUCAGUCGUCUCUCUCUGUUAACUAGCAGGGUGUUGCAAACUUAAUGGCAGCAUUGUGAACGUCCAAAUACAGCUCGGUUCAUGCGGAUUAAAAGUAAGAAUUUUGCAUAUAUUUCUUACAGUGUUUCAAACGAGCAGCUCUAGGUUAUUUUAUCUUUAAUAGAACCUCCUCCUAUCUAAUAACCUGCAGCCAAUACUCAUUACAACUGGCAAAUUCCUAAUUUAAAUGAGUUACUUUCAAUCAGGGAUAGGGAUAGGUACAAUACUGGUCAAAAAGUAGAAGACAAAAUGUGAAAGUGGAGUCGAUCCAAACCGCUAAAUAUCACAUGAGUGGUUCAUCAAGCACAGGAUGAAAAGUGAGACCUGCGUCAUGUGACCAGAAUGUAAGUGAGCCAUGUGGACUUAUUUUAAGA